UUUAGCAUUUUAAUUCCGGAUUCAGUGACUUCUAUUGAUAAAUUCGCUUUUAUGGGGUGCCCAUUGACUUCAAUUGUUCUUUCUAAAAAUUUGCAUUCGCUUCCAGAUUGCGUGUUUUACGGCAAUCAUUUGGUUUCCUACACUGUUCCAGACAACAUUCAAAGUCUUGGCACGAAAGUAUUUGGACAACUAUCUGAUGAUGUUUUUGAUACUCCCCAAAACGUUAACAUAAGCGCAUUGACAUCAAUUGAAUUGUCCGAUAAUGUAACUUCAAUUGGAGAUGAAGCUUUCAGUGGAUUAGAUAAAUUGGUACACAUCAAAUUGUCGAGUAAAUUAACAGAACUCCCAGACGCAGCUUUUGCUAAUAAUUAUAGUUUGAAAAGUGUUGUUAUUCCAAUGAGUGUGACUAAAAUUGGAUAUAAGUGUUUUACUGGGUGUCCACUUGAUGGAGAAAAAGUAUUUAAAAUACCCAAAAAUGUUGAGGUGAUUGAGAUAGGUGCUUUUGGAAAUUGCAAAGCCUUAAAAGAAAUUAUACUUCCACCAAAAUUGAUGUAUGUGGACGAGAAAUUGGCUUUUGAGGGUUGCGACAAUCUGAAGAAAAUUGUUUACCCAAAGAACUAUGGAAAUAAUAUCGCGUUUGACGAUAUCUAUAAUGACGAUUAA